CUGGUUUAAUAAUAAAAUGAACGAACAAGAGCAAAAGCAUGCUUCCGGAAAACAUAUCUAUUCUCUAUUAAACAGGUCUGAGGGUCAUACACGCAAAGAAGUUUAUAAGCAACUUGAAAUAGAAGAUGAGCCUUGGAAUCAGUGAAAAGUUGGCCGCUCAAAAAGUCUCCAUGAGUAUUCUUUUGUAGGAUUUUUGGUAAGGAACAGUCUAACAGAAAAUUAUUUGAUAGGAGUCUUGUUGAUGCUCGUAGCUACUUUUAUGUGGACUGUAGUCCAUAUUGGUAUGAAGCUUAUGUAUGUUUUCUCUCCUACGAUGAGUCCAUUUGAUCCAGUUUUAUGGAUGGGUCUUUUCCUUUUGUUGUUUUCUCUCAUUUAUGCCAAGGUAGAGAAGGUUAAUCUUAACAUUUUGAGUUAUAAACCCAAGAUGCAGUGAGCUAUAUUAUUGAGAGCAUUCUUGGGUCUGGUUAAUAACUUCUGCUUAUGCCAAGGACUCCAGUAUAUUUCUGUUGGUAAAGCAGUCCUGAUUUACAGCUUGAGUCCUAUCUUCUGUGCUAUUAUAGCUGCUAUAUUCCUUAAAGAGAAGAUUACUUGGAAGAAUAUCGCCUUGAUUCUACUUUCAAUCGUUGGAAUAUACUUAUUGACAUUGAACAAGUCGGAGGAUCCCAAAGUUGCCUCGGAUGAGACCUUAGGUUACUGCUUGAUUCUAGCCUCAGCGUUUUGGUAUGGAUUAACAUUUGUAGUUCUCAGAACAUUGAGUCUGGGAGGUGUCCAUAUUCUUGUGCCUUUAUUUUAUUUUGGGUUAGGCUCAUUGGUACAAAGUAUAUUUAUAAUGAUCUUUCUACCUGGUCUCCUACACCUGAGUGAAUACAGUGGCUAUGUUCUACUUUGUUUUAUAGCAAUAUCUAUUUCAUUCUUUGGUGGACAGUUAGCACUGAUGUCUUCGACUAAAUACUCAGAUGCUUCUAAGCUAGCUCCUAUUUCCUAUAGUGAGAACAUAUUGACAAUCCUUGCUGAUGUUCUUGUGUUCCACUAUCAUUUUGUUAUGACUGAUAUUAUUGGAAUUGUGAUCAUUACAUUUUGUUUAGCGAUACCGAUUGUUCUUAAAGAGAAGUAAUAUAAAUCAUUCUUCUAUGUAUAAUUCUUGCGCAUAAAGUCAUUAC